AUGGCACAUUUCUCUAAGCCAUCUUCAAGCAUUCGUGUCCUUGGGAGAAAGAUACACGUGAUAGGUUUCUUGUUGGUGGUGACAGUAGUGUGCGUGGCAGUGCUGACUCCAACCAUGUUUCCUCGAGUUGUUAUCAGCACACCAAAACACAAGAAAAGACUUUACAGGAAACUGAUGACAACCAAUAUGCCAAUGAAAGUUUCUAGUCAUGCAUCUCUUAAGUCAUCUGCUCUUGACACGUUGACUUCAGUGAAGAAUGACAAUGCUGGUGUUUCUUCUAUUAUCUCACCUAACAACACGUCAAAGUCUUUUAACGAAUUGGCCACACUAUCACUACUUAAUGCCAGCGUUUCUUUCACUAACAACACGUCUACGUCUUCUAGCAAAUUGACCAACUUGUCACAACUCCUCUCGCAUGAAGUGUCUCCAAAGUCCUCUCCACAAGUCAGUCGGUUAACGUCUGCGAGUAAGUCAUUCUGGUCUAUUGUGACGAAGGAUAUAUUUGUAAACAGACCUUUUCACAUUAUGAUGACUGCUUGUGAUCAAAGUGGAAAUCGAAUGAAUCAAGGUGACGACUUCCUUCGUCCUAUUUUGAGCAGUGAAGUAAGAACGAGUCAGCAGAAAGUGACCAUUCUGGGUGAGGUGAAGGAUUUUGCUAAUGGUUCUUAUCUCAUUACAUUUCUUCCCUCUUGGACUGGACCUGCAUACAUUUAUAUUCAACUUUGGAUGACCAGUCGUACAGUGAGCAUGAUCGAAAGCAAGAUACUACAUUCUAACUAUGUUUUCUUGUGUGCACUUGGACACAAUUAUGGCUAUGAUGUCUUGUACGCUGGCCCACAAGCACGAGUGGAUAUAUUGAAAAACGUCAAAACGGCCGGGAAGCGAAAAGAUGGCGAACUAAGUUUAUGUCGAAUGGACUGGCAACCAAGUUUAGUAGAUUUCUCUAGCAAAUCAUGCAACAUGUCGUUUCCUCCUAACUAUCAUUGGUAUGGCACAUGUGAAGGAGAACGAACUGGUGAUUCGACUAUGUGUCGUCCUCAUCAUUGGUGUGUUUUUCAUCAGCAGAUGGCUGCAACAAAUAGCAGAGAAGUAGCAGCUAACAAACAAGGCAUUGGCAUUGUGUCAGGUGAUGUACAAUCGGUAAUAAUUAGAGGGGACGACAAGAAUUCUGUGGAGACAAAUAGACUAGAGCCUUGCAAACCACAACCGUUGGUCGUUUCGAGAGGUUAUUGGCGAGACAAAGAAUGGGUGAACCGAGACUGCUUAUUCGCUUGCAACAGCAAAGAAAAAUGGUGGAAGUAUCUAGAAGGCAAGAAUCUGUAUCUGAUCGGUGAUUCUACUGUAAGACAACUGUUCUCAGUUCUUAUGGCAAGUGCAGGCAUACAGGUACCAACAAAUGGUGCAUUUGUUCCACCCAAGUAUAAAGACUAUUCUAUCACGAAAUACAAAGCUACAAUUCAUUAUAGAUUGCAUGGUCUGCCUUUGCUGUCAUCUCUCGCUCUCAAUUUUGGAAAAGCUACGUAUACAGCUGAUACCAUUGAUGAUAUUCCAGGAAAUGAGAAUGAAGUAUUGAUAUUAAGUUGUGUACAUCAUUUGGUUUUGUUGCCUCCAAAUGGAUUUCGGGAUCGUCUUCAACAAAUUCUGGCCGCAAUUGGUCGACUUAGACAGAAAAGUUUGGGCAAAAACAUCCCAAUUAUAUUCCGAACAGCAAAUCCUCGAAAUUUUGAUUCAGCUCGCAUUAAUUCUUACCGUAUCAGAUGGUACAACAAGAUUGCCAUUGAUACAUUUACAGCUUCUAAUCUGGGCAUUGUUGUUUAUGAUAUAUUUGAUAUGUUUGCUGCUACUAACUUUAUAGAACUCGUUCAUUUGCCUGGUGGCAUGAUUGAGUUGGAGUUGUCUCAAAUGUUCAGUUUACUUUGUCCAACUUGUUGA